UCAUAAGCGUAUAUCCACCAACAACACUCACUCUAUAUAUCUCUCUCUCUCUUCAAUAAAACAUGGAUACAACUUGCCCUAUUUUAGAAAAUGGAUCCUCCGCAGUGCAAUGGAUUUAUUCAUUGUUUGGUGAUUGUGUAUACGAUUGGCAAGAAUCAGCGAGUUUAUUGUUUGGAUAUCUUUCCAUUUUCUGUUGGCUUAAUGCACAAUUACCUCAAGUGAUCAAGAAUUAUAGAAUCCGUGACGCAAACGGCCUUAGUUUUUCUUUUCUUAUUGUCUGGUUAACAGGCGACGUUGCUAAUUUUAUCGGUUGCAUCAUUACUGGCCAACUUCCAUUUCAAAUCAUCCUUGCUAUUUACUUUACCAUCAUUGAUACUAUCUUGUGUAUUCAAUGGCUUUACUAUGUUAAAUACACCGAUAAUCGUAUCCGCCGCUGGUUCGAUGGAGACGAUGAAAUAAAGCCAAUUGCAGAUACCAGUGCAUUAUUAAAUGACGGCGAGCGCAUUUAUACGACAUACAGCACAGGCGGUGGAAAGGAAAUUAACGAAGAAAGUCCUCUUUUGUCUUCCUCGCCUUCCAACAAAAAGUACGUCAGUAUGCUUUUAUUCUUUGGUUUAGUUACAUUUGGCGUCUCUUCACCUUCUGAUUUAUUCACUGCCAAUGACACCACGACUAUUUCCAUGGCAACCACUACAGUGAUGGACAAUCAUACCAUUUGGGUUGGAAGAUUCUUUGCUUGGGUCUGUACUUUUCUUUACUUGUCCUCCAGAUUACCUCAGAUCUAUCAAAACUUUUGUCGUCGUUCUGUCGAAGGUUUAUCAAUGGCCUUGUUCUUUUUCGCUGCUAUGGGUAAUUUGACCUAUGUCCUUUCCAUCUUUACCAAUCCUCAUGCGACACGUGCCACCAUGUUGGAAGCUGUGCCUUAUAUCAUUGGUAGCGCUGGUACUCUUUUAUUCGAUGCCACCAUCUUUUCUCAAUACGCCUUGUUUGCCAAUAACAAGAAGGAUGAUACGGCCGAUCAUGUACAAGCAUAAAAUAGAUUUUAGCCCUUACCAUCACCUUUUGUAAAUACCCAUCCCCUUUAUUGAAUACUGUAAAUUUAAUUAUACCAAACGUCUGAUGAUGACAUUUAAACAAAUAAUAAACACCAAUGAUUAUACCAUCCAAUU